CCGGUGCCGGCGUCGACGUCUGAAAAUUUUCAAUCAUUUCCAACUUUCCUUUUAUUGUAGAAAAAUUCAAUUAUGCAUCCUGCAAUCCCCAUCACACUUGUAUUCCUUGGUUGUUGCAGUAAUGUUGUAUUUCUCGAAUACUUGAUAAGUGAUAUUCCUACCUGUGGAAACCUGAUAACAUUUAUGCAGUUUGCCUUCAUUGCAGUAGAAGGUUUAAUAUUCACAGCUAGAUUUGGAAUGAUAAAACCCAAAAUUCCUAUACGCAUCUACACAGUAAUGGUGGCAUUCUUCUUUGUUGUGCAAGUUGCCAAUAAUUAUUCCUUGUCAUUCAAUGUCUCUUUGCCAUUACAGAUGAUAUUUAGAGCAGGAUCCCUGAUAGCUAAUUUGACAUUAGGAAUGAUUAUAAUGAAGAAAAGAUAUACUACAGGGAAGUAUAUCUCUGUUGUGUUGAUUACAGCAGGGAUCAUUCUAUGUACUAUAGCAUCAGCUCAACAAGUUGAAGACAACAAAGCAACAUCAACAGGAGACCUGAUAUAUGAUUUGGCAAUAUGGUUUACUGGUAUAUUGAUAUUGACAGCUGCUUUGUUUAUGACAGCUGGUAUGGGUAUCUACCAAGAAGGGGUGUACAAACAGUAUGGUAAACAUCCAAAAGAAAGUUUGUUCUUUAAUCAUGCUCUACCUCUACCAGGUUUUCUGUUAUUAGCGACAGAUAUUUACAGUCAUAUACAGAAGUUUAAUAAUUCAGCACCUUUGGAAUUAGCUUUAGGAAUAACUUUACCAAGAUUGUGGUUUUUCCAAAUUUUCAAUGUUAUAACACAAUAUAUAUGUAUAAGAAGUGUAUUUGUGCUGACCACAGAGUGUUCCUCGUUAACUGUUACAUUAGUUGUUACACUCAGGAAAUUUGUUAGUCUUAUAUUUUCUAUAUGGUACUUCCAGAAUCCAUUUACACCAACACACUGGUGUGGUACCUUGUUGGUAUUUAUAGGAACUCUUAUCUUCACAGAAGUACUGCCUCUAGAUAAGCUACUACCACAGAAGAAGAAAGAAGAUUAAUUUUUGAAGGUUUUAAGGUCUUACUUUCAGUAUGUAACCAUGCUAUCAACUAGCUUCUUUUUUUUCUAUUUGAAUUACCAGCAUAUUUUUACUGAUAAACACAAAAAGUGUCAUUAUUUUUCACAACAACUAUUUAAAGGGGUAUUCGCUGUCAAAUUCAUGUACUCUCAUAUUUGAUUUAUAACAUACUAAAAUGUAUAUCCAAAUUACAAAAAGUCUAAAAUAAACAAUUAACAAUGCAUGGACUUGAUAAUAUGUAUCAACAUUUUUUAGACGUCAUGGAAUGUGAUGACCUCCAAAACUGCAGACGGUCCUAUAAACAUAAAUAUAAACAUAAACUGAUAGCGACCACGUACAAUUGGAUUGUUCUAGGUCUGUUUGAUUUCAUAUUGUAGGUUAAAAAGUAUGUUUGUCAUCGCUUUUAUCUGUGUUCGAAUGAUUUUUUUGUGGAUCGAAUCAGUCAACCAAAUGAUUCAUCCUUGUUUCACUUUCAAUGUUGACAUUCUUUUCCUUUUAAUAGCUGAAUACAUGUGUAACCCAUCUUGAAUACGGAUUCAAUGAGGUCGAAUUAUUCACUUGCAAGUGAAUAAUUCAGCAGCGAUGUUAUUUAUCUUAUUUUGGCAAAAUUGAACCAAAUUGGCUGCUAAAAGCAAAUUAGUAUUUCACUAUAUCACUUUCAUUAAUGAUUGAACAAAAAAAAAUCAUAUUUUAAUUUUUUGUAUAUCUCAUAGCUAAUGCCCUUUUAAGUAUAUUUUUAAAUAUCAUUCAUAUAGUUCGUAACAGGACAAAUGCAUUAUUUAUUAUCAAAUUAGUGCAAUUAUCAAAUGGAAGGACAUUACGUUGAAAAGAGACUAUUGUUGCAAGAAUUUUUUUCAAUUUCAAUUUUUGAUUCUAGACUAACAGACAUAGAUGUCCAGAUCUAUUUUACAGUCUGACACAGUAAAACCAAGAGCAAAUAACAGAACCUAAUGUAUUGAUUUUGCUUUACUAAUUCUGAAAGAUCUCUUUAUUUUACUACUUUAUUUUUUUAUUAUGCAUGUACCAGUGAAGCUUUUUUUUCCCAGUGAAAUCAAAGUAUUUUGACCAAUAGCUUUAAUAUCUUCUGGACACUGUAUGGUUAAUAUUUAUUUAUUUGACAAAUGAGUAUUGAUUAAUUCUUACAGGUUGUAUGUUCUUUAUUCUGUACAAUAAUAACCAACUGUAAUGCCACCAAACCUGAAAAUUUAUUAUGUGUGUACAGUUAGCAAGUGAUGUGUGACUGAUAUAUAAAAUACAUUUGGCAUCAAAACCAAUCUCUUUAUCAUGACUUUUAUGACGGCAGUCACAUUGGUUUUAUGAAUUUGUUGACCUGUGUUCAGAAGAAUUAGAAAUCCAUUAUUAAAUUGUGUUACAUGUAGUAUGUUAGUAUCAUAAUAGUAUAAAUGUAGGUUACAGAAUGUUUUUAGAUUAUAUUUAAUGUAUCUUAUACAGGAACCUGCCAUAAAUGUUCUUGUCCAUGUGAUCUCUUAAAUGUUGGGGUGAAAGUGCAAAUAUAUAUAACAUGACUUUGUAUUUCUUUAAGAAGAUCUAUAUAUACAUGUAUGCAUCUGACUUACUAUGUUGUGCACAUGGUCCAGUGAAACAGCCUUCUUUAAAGAACUAUUUUAAAAAGGUUGGGUUUCAAAAAUGGAAUUGAUAUGGUGGAUUCUAUGUUAAUCAAGAUACAGUGAUAUCUUUUUCCAAAUAGCAUCUGUGAAAAUUGAAUUAAAAUUCAAAGAAUUCAUUUAAAAAUGAAAGACCUGUGGUCUACGCCCUAUGUUAGAAUUGUUAUUUGUUAAUGCUUUGUUCAAAUAUAGAUUUAUUGUUAGAAAUGCAUUAACAAUUUUCUUCUCAUUAUUGUAGUUGAUAUAUUUUAUACUAUUAUUAUUAUUAUUUCAUCAGUGUACUAAAUAUGCACAGAAUAUCUGUUGUUUAACAUUAAGCGGCCAACAAUCAAUUAUGUUUUAUUUCUGCACAAUUAUACAAUGAUUUUCACUUUACUACAAUCAUUAAAUUUGUAUUGCUUGGAUUUUGUUAACCAUAACAAAUAGUAUAUUGCUUUUAGAAAAGUUUUCAAGACAUUUUAUAGUAGCACAUUAACUGUAUUAAUGGCCAGUUUCUUUUAUAAUAUUUCAAAUGUAAAAUGUAUCUGUGCUCAAAUUGUGGUAUGAAUAUUGUGAUUCUCUUGUCCAUUACAUAUUUACUGAAGAUUUGUUUACAAAAAUUGUUUCUGUACCGGUACACUAAUUUUCUUUAAAAGAAUUGAUUAGCAAUGAUGAUUAUAAUUUCAUUGAACAAUAAAAAACAUACAUGUUUA